CAUAAAUUCAAUGAAAAAUAAUCCUGUGAUAAAAGAUAUUACAUUUACAAUCAUUAUUUUCAAUUCAAGUAUUAUUAAACCUGAAAAUAAAAAUAUUAAAUAGAGAUCAAAUAAUGAAUGUUUUUUUCAACAAAACUGAUAAGUUUUACAUUUAUCAAUCGUAAUCAUAACGUAUCAUCGUUCGAUUACAAAUAAUAAUUAUGAGUGAUAAUUUUUUAAUGCAACUUUUAUAAAGUGAUAAGGUAGUGUUAGUUCACUGUGAGUCGACAAUCCAACAAAAUGCCUGUACGGCCUCUUUGCCCCGAAUUGGCAGUUAUUGCCGAAAAAGAAUUAAAUGAAGACCCCAAACGUAUUGAUAGUGAUAUCCAGCAUAUUAGAGAAUGGAUUUCCAAGCAACCACAUUUGCACGCCAGGACAGACGACCAAUGGAUUGUAACAUUUUUGCGUGGCUGCAAAUACAGCUUAGAGAGAACAAAGGAGAAGAUAGACCUGUAUUACUCUAUGCGCAGCUUAGCACCUGAAAUAUUUUUCCACUUGAAACACACUGAUCCAAAAUUUAUCGAAAUUCUAGAAUCAGGGUCAUGCCUUCUUCUUCCGAAGUUGGCUGCUCCCAAUGGGCAACGCAUUUUCAUUUCUAAACCCUCUUUACUAAAUGUAGAAAAACACAAAAUGAUGGACGUUUUCGCUGUAACGAAUGUAAUGCAAAGGAUAAUGCUUAUGGAUGAUGACAAUUCUGUAAUUGCGGGAUCUCGAUCAGUAAUGGACAUGGAAGGUUUGAAUAUGUCGUUUUUCCUACAAAUGACACCAUCCUUGAUGAGGAAAUUGACUGUUUACACCCAGGAAGCAACGCCUUUGAGAUUCAAGGGAGGCCAUUACAUUAAUGUAGGCAAUGGAUUUGAAACAAUUUACAACGUCAUGAAAACAUUUUUGAACGAAAAAACAAAAAGCAGGCUUUAUGUGCAUAAUACCAAUUACGAAGAACUAUACAAAUACGUACCAAAAGAGGUGCUACCAGUUGAAUAUGGUGGCAACGGUGGUACCAUACCAGAAAUUAUUGAAUACUGGAAAAACAAGAUUCAGGAGUACAGUGCAUGGUUGGAGGAGGAUAUGCAGUACCGUACCGACGAAUCUAAGAGACCGGGCAAACCACGAUCCGCUGAAGAAAUGUUUGGUGUUGAAGGCUCGUUUAGGCAAUUAGAAUUUGAUUAAAAUAUUGUCCAAAACAUAAAUUAUUGAAUAAAUGGGUGUUGGCUCUUUA